AUGUCAUCUAUCUUGAAUAAUGCCUCUUACAGCUCGGGGCUAAGAGCACUGUCGAGUUUGCAGUUAUGCAGAAGCACAUCUAUUCAGAACCCAUUCCGACGCACUCCUUGUCUUCGAUGUGCGCGCAUCCGCAUUCGACGCCUUGCAAAUUUAUCCCAAGCUGCUAUAGAUGCCUCCCAUCAUGAUCGUGAUACACCGCGCAUUUCUCGUGGCCCGUUAGCAUACUGGGAGGAGCUGCGUUCGAGGUCACUGAAUUCUUUGGUCUCGGACUAUUCGGAAGCUCCGAAUAAAUCGACAGCGACUUCCAUCUCAGUCAACAGCCCUUGGAAUGGCACGACAGAAUCUACCGACAAUCGUGCAGAUGAUUUGGGCAACAUCAUAUCCACUGGUAUAUCAGAUGACGGCUUGCAUGGUGUGAGACUGGAAAGGGAAGCACCCUCCUCUCGUCCGCGUCAAGAAAUAGACCCCUGGGAAGAUGAACGGCCUUGGGAGGAGACGAGUCUUGAGGUAGAAUCAUUUUUUCUUAAGAAAGAGAAAUAUAGUCGUGAUGAAGAUGGCAGUCUCAACAAGGAACUUUUUCGCGCUCUUACCGAAUCUUUGCCUCACAUCAAACACGGCCGUUAUAUGAAUGAUAAUGUUUUUUCGCGAAUUUUGCAAAAAUACCUGUUAUCCCUGAGAUCGCAAGCUUCUCCAGGUUCCGGUUCGGAUGAACAAGCGAUAUUGACAGUUUCUGAAACCUUUACUCGAAGAACCCGGUGGAUAUUGUACAGCAGAGGCUAUUCUCCAGAAGAUGUAGCCGCCUGGGCGUGGAUUCUUAGUGCCCAGGAUUCAUUACGAGCCGCAAUGAGGCUUUUUCUCUGGGAUAGCCAGAACCCGUCUAGACGACGAACACCAAUAUUUGUUGUGAAAAUACUUCUUCAUCGCCCACAUAUCGAUGUGCGCGCUUAUCGGAUUCUUCUCUCUUAUUCAUUAUCCUAUCUCCUUCGGCGACCCCUCAAAUCAAUGACAUCGGUAACGGAUUCAAAUGCUGCAAAUUCACCGUUCGAGUAUGGCGUUGCCAUUCUAUCUGCGAGAAAAGCUCACUCUUUAAUAAACGUCUUAUUGAGAAGAGCUCGUGAAAUGCUGCCGGCGGCCCAAUUCAACAUCGCUCAGGCCUACGCUUACUAUUUGAUUCAUCUGCUCCCGCUUACUCAUUCGAAACCAAUGGAGUGGGAAACUAAUAGACUCCGAGCUGAGUGCUUCAAUGAGUGUAUUAGAUUAUUGGGGAUACCGUCGAGAGUACGGCCAUACUUAUCUUCGUCUAUUCAGCAACAAGCACAAUUUGAAUUACUCAAGGCGAUGGCUGCCCACAACCCCGUCAUACCAGUCAAUCGCUCAGGCUAUGAAGCCAUCAUGGCAGUACAAUUGGCCCAUGUGAAAACUCCGGCAGAAAGAAUAUUUGCAAAACAAAAGGCACUCUCGUGGCCCCCUUGGAAAGAAGCUCGAAUGGGAAUUGACUCAGAGCGUGGGAACGAGGGUAUGCGGAGUCGCACGAUGCAAGUAUUGUCUCAGAUGAUAGAAGCUGGCUACGCUCUCUCUUCCUGGGAUGAUGUAGCUGCAAUUCUUGCGGGCUGGGAUAUGGAUGGCACUCCCACCAUCCAGACGCGGAGUCUAGCGAGACCACAAAAGUCUUUGGGGCCUGGUACUAAAGAGUCCAAGGUUGUUUCAACAAUUUGGGCAAGCCGAAUUCAUGCAACUCGCACUUUACGGGAGGCUUGGGCGUGUUUUCUAUCGUACGAAGCUCGUUAUGCUGUUCCCAGUGAACCAGUAUACCAUGCCAUGGCAAAAAAGUUGAUUUAUAGGAUGGAAGAAAGUGACGAUAUAAAUACUAAGAAUGGGCCCCUUCCGGGAGAUGGUUUCGAGGUUUAUCCAGAACCAAGCUCGGCUCGCGACUUGACAUAUGUUCCUACAGAGCCGCCAACACUUGAAGAACUGCUUGAGCGGAUGAUAUCACAAGGGGUCUUACCGGGCGUUGAUUUUGUCGCUUUACUAGUACGUUUUUCGCCGGAUUUUUCAACGGGAUUGAGAUACAUGGCUGCUUUUCUGAGCCCAAAACAAACGAAGGCCGUGAGUACUCUUUAUGUUGGGGACCUUGAAGGGGAUAGUUUGGCUACCCUUAAGGCAAUGAAAUUUAGCCUCUUCGACUCGAUUAUUGCCUUCUUUUGCGCCAAAUCACAAUUCCCAUGUCCCGGACAUCGUUUUCGUAAAUCGGAUCUUUUCCCAAUUCUGAUGCAGCGACCAUCGCAGCUCGUGGUUGAUACGAGCACAUUUUUCUCCGACGAAGACGUCCUACGAAAAGGCAACGGGAACGGUCAUCCACAGGCAUUAUCGCACGCAGUUGAACUCUUGCUUGCCAGAAAGCCGCGGCGAGUGACAGCAUGGUUACCGUUACUCAAGGCUUUAGCUUCGCCAAGGGGACCAAAUGACGAAAGAUUAGUCAAAGCACAUGUGCACUGGUACUUUGCUUGGUACGAGACAUCCGAAGUGAUGCACUGGAUGCAAGAAUUGGCACUUGAGCCUGGGAUGGAGGGCUUUAUCGUCCUUUGUCAAAUAUUCUCUCAAGCAGUCGGUGUCGGGGUUCAAAGUAUAGCGGCAGCUGAAGAAAGCUUAUACUUAGCCCAGCGAAUGAAGAGGCAAAAUGACAAGCUACAUGUCACCAUUGCGACUGAUUUCGAGUCAUUCGUUUUCCAGGGGGUUCGGGUCUUGAAGUCUUAUUUCGAUCGUCUUGUGCUACCGAUUCAUCCUACGUUCAUUGGAAAUCAAUGUUCUAGCGACGAUAUUGGCGAGCCUUCCUCGCCUGAACUGCCUGAAUCGAAUGUGCCGGAUAUGGUUCAGGUGCCCACUCCUGCUGCAUUGCAUGCUUUUGUCAGAGCUCUCGGAACAGCGGAGGACUAUGACGGUAUACUCAAUCUGCUUGAAUGGAUGAGUCGAUACGCAUCGGAAAUUGCGGAAGCUGCUGAUCAGAAGCGAGGUGGCAGAAAGAUGCUGCGGCGCACCUUGACGGCUGUGAGAGUUUAUCUUGAAGAUCUGAAUGAGCUCAAGUUGUCUGUGCCAGUGAGUGGCAAGGCGCCCCACGAUUAUUAUUACCAUGCCGGCGAGAAAGAGGAUGAUAUUACAGAGACUCGUCCCAUAUUCGCCGACGGUCGAGUUGAAGAGGCCUACGAGAUUAUUGAGAGCACAGCAAUUUGGGGAUCAUGGCCCUCGGACGAUGAGGUUCGAGCAUACGUUGCACGGUAUUUGCAUCCUGAUAUAUAG